CGGGGGGCCUCCCGUCCGUCACCCGUCGGUGCGGCGGGGCGAACAGCUUGGCGGCGCACGACUCCACCAGACGGGGCAGACGGCAACCUCUUACCUCGAUCACCGGUGGAGAGGCGGCGGUCAUGGGCUGCCAUGCGUGCUUCUGGCGCGCUGCAUUGUGGGGCCGUGACCGGGGGCGGGGUGCGGGACGCGGGCGCGCAUGCGCGGAGGCCGCUCCGGCGCUCUCCCGACCUGUGCUGUGUGCGGGCCCCGGGGCGGCGGAGCGGUGGCGGGAACAACAAAAAUGGCCAACCAAGAAGAAGCAGAGAUACAAAUUUCAGAGUUAGAUUUGCUGUCUAGCAUGUUUCCUUACGAGGAAGAGUUUGCUGUCACAGACCAGCUGGCUCUGGCUGAACUGAAACACUAUGUUGAAAAUGAGUCUGCAGAGGUGCCAUCUUCAAAAGUUCAGUUUACACUGAAUGUAAAGAAAGAGAUGCCUAAUGCCUCUAUGGUGGAAUUCUCUAUGGCCUGUGCUUUACCAUUUAAAUAUCCAACUGUUCUCCCAGAAAUUACUGUGAGGUCAUCGUUAUUAAGCCGCUCUCAGCAGAUUCUCCUAAACUCCGAUCUAAAAGCAUACUUGAUGCAAAACUUCAGUGGCGAGCCCUGCAUGCUGAGUGCGAGGGAAUGGGUUAAAGACCAUGCAGCUGGUUACAUUGACAAAGAUCUUUCAUCCUUCUCAGUGACAGCCUCAGAUGCCACGAAGUCAGAAGUCACCGUGUUCACUCGAUUGUGGAUCUACAGUCAUCACAUUUACAACAAGCAAAAAAGAAAAAAUAUUAUUGACUGGGCCAAGGAGCUCUCUCUGUCAGGGUUUUGCAUGCCAGGGAAACCAGGCGUUGUUUGUGUAGAAGGUUUACAAAGUAGUUGUGAAGAGUUCUGGUCAAGGGUAAGAAGAUUAACAUGGAAAAGAAUCCUUAUUCGGCACAGAGAAGAUGUUUCUUUGGAAGGUGGAGGACAUGCUGAGAUCCAGAAGCAACGAAAGUUUCCCACUUUAGAAGAAAAAUGUUUUGAUGCACACGGUGCUCGGGGAAAUCAUAUGGACUUGGGGCAACUAUAUAAUUUUUUAGAAGAAAAAGGAUGUGCUGACAUAUUUCAAAUGUACUUUGGGGUUGAAGGGCAUUCAAGGAGUUGAAGAUCAGCAGAGACCCCAGCAGCUACAUUUCUAAUUUAAUCAUAACAGAUUCCUUAGCUUUUCUGCAACAGUUGAUCAGAGAGGGAAUUAAUAGAUCAUGAUUCAUGUGAUGAAUCCUGAUUUCAAUAUAAACAAAUAUCCAACGAAAUCCUAAAUAAUGAAAAUGACUAUAUGAAUGCUUUGUGCACUUUCUGGUGUUAAGAAGAUUUAGGAUCCAUACCUACUUAAAAUGAAAGAAAAUGUGUUUGAUAACCUACUGGACAGUUACAGAAUUGUAGAUGGAUGAAGAGAUGGAAUAUGAUGAAUGAAUAUACAAAUAAGAAAAGACAAAAUUGCAAUGUGGGUAUCUCAGGAAUGAGAACACAAUGUUUACAUUAAUUGUUACUGUUUACAUACACUUCAUGAAAACUUCUUUUCUAAACAGUCUUCUACUUUUAACCUGAAAGUUUAGUGAGCCAUGAGAUCAUUAUUUUUUUAAAAAAAGGAACAAAGGGAGGGAGCAAGUUUACAAGAGUCUUACUCAUGCUGCCAAGAUGAGUUAGGAUGCCUACUCUAAGGCAUAAGUAUUUUCUGUAGGUAAAAGUGUGUGUGCAGGUAAGAUAGAUACCAUUGUGAAAAACGCCAAUCACUUGUUUUUGAAAUUUUAAA